UCUUCUUUGUGUUCAACUUUUAUUUUGGUCUCAGCCACAAAAAUUCCCAAUUUUAAUAUUUAAAUCUCUCUACCUUUCUCUCUCUAAAUUAUUUUCUCUCUAUCUCUAUCUGUAAAUUCAAUUGUUUGUUUCUGCAAAUUGAAGUUUCAGUAGCAAGAAUCUUGUGAGUUUCUUCAGAUUUUCAGCGACGGAUUUCAACUUCGGUAUUCUUCAUUUCAGUGAUAAAAAGAGUACUAAAGAGAUAACAAUGACAGACUGGUAUUUUGGACAUGAUGAAGGUGAUUUUGUUGUCCUGAAAGAUCAAGAGUACUUUGACAGGCUUCCAUCCCCUGAUAGUUGGAUGCAAUGGGAAACAUGUGGAAUUGGAGGGAAUUCUGGAUGGGAGAACACCUUUGAUUCUGGUAACAUUGCGAAUGUGAAACCUCAGCAGCGAAUGUUGUUUGGAAGACCUGGAAACAAAGAGGUAAAUCAAGCUGACGGAGAGCAUUCCCAUGACUCCAGCGAAUUUGGAGGAUCUUCUGAGAAUUCUCAGUCCUUUCUAAGGAAUUCUGCUGCUUCUGCCCGACCGGAUUACUACUUCAAUGAUCUUACAGGGACUGACCCAGAGGAUGACAUGUUCUUGUACAGGAGUUCCUUGCUCCAAGAUGAUGUCCUACCACUACAAUCUCUCUACAUUGAUAUGCCAUCUGAUAGUGAUUCAAUGAACAAAAUGAUGGAUUUUCAGAGUGAUUCUUGUGAUACAGAUGGAGUGGGAAGCUUAAAGGGGUUCAAUAAUCCCAACUUCUCUUAUUCACAUGGCUCAGUUAAUGGACAUGUCCAUCCAGACAAACUUAAUUCCAGACACAACUCAGGCCAGACUUGUGGUCCAUCAUCAAUAAAGGUACUGGAGACUAGGGACUUGGAUCCUUCUGACUACGAGACAUCAAGAACGCUCGAGUUCAAUGAUUUGUCAUCAGUUGAAGAAUCGGUGCUUAUGGGACUUGAGACCGUCCUUAAUCAGUUGAAUGAUAAUACGCGACUCUGCCUUCGGGAUUCCAUUUACCGACUUGCUAAGCACUCAGAGGAGCAGGCAUCAAAAAAUUCCAUGGCUGAAGGGUUUUCUUUCGACGAGUCUUCUUUGCCUCAGACUAGUGAUCACUCAAGGUCAAGUACAAUGGAGACAGGCGAAUCAAAAUCCAACGCGAUAGACAGAGCUGUAGCAUAUUUGAUGUUUAGCAAGGCAGAUACAAAUGUUCAAGAUCAUCUACCAGCAUCGCCUCCUGAAUAUAUGCAGAGUGGCAGAAAGUUUGCAGCAACAGGAGCCUGUGGCUUCAAUGAGGCAGCUGGCUCAAAAACUUCUGAUUUGUUAGCUCAAUGCGAAGUCCCUGUGUUUAGUCACCAAACACAAGAUCAAUCCAAUCAGUUGUGCUUUGGUGGUCAGAACACAUAUUGAAGUUGCAGCAAAUUUUACUGAUUGUGAACUUCAAUUGUAAUGUAUAUAUUCAUCUAGUUGAUCUGUUAGGUCAUGUUGCAGGUGCACGUAAGGUGCGCUUGCUGAAGUUUUGAUAAGUUGCUUAACAAUGUACGAGCUUAGCUAGUUAAAGAUGUUGAGAAUGUUUAUUUGGCAUAAUGGGUUCCAGUUUUUGUAUCCAUUGGCUUCAUGGAGGGAACAACUAGUCUGCUGUGAAUAUGUUAUCUGGGAUUCACUUCUCAUGUACUCUUGAAUUUCUGAAUGACUUCCUGAGUGUUUACAUCGACUGUUAUAUUUU